GCUCUUCUCCUAUUUACAAUUGCUGUCGAUAUCCUUUUGCAUACCCUUACACUCAUUAAGAUGCUCUCCCUCCUUCUGUCCCUCCUUGCUCCAGCAGCAGUCUUCGCCGGACCCUGCGUCGAGUUCGACUCGAACUUCAACCUCUAUGUCUUUGGCUUGAAUGGGAAGGAUGUGAAUGUGGGCGCACAGAGCUCGUGGAAUAGCCCCAACCCACAGGCAAUCGCCACUUCUGGCAGACCACCAUUCGAUGGCACCAAUACCCAGUGUUUUCUUUCGCAAUACAACAACGCCAUCUACAUAUUAGGUGCCGACAACGCCAACCCCGCGAAUGUCUACAUCUACGACGCGACGGACAACUCCUGGUCGAUGUCGGUAGUGACCACAGCAGGCGUCGAUCCCAACUCUGUCGUAUCAAUUCUCGACCAUGACACGAACGUCUUCUAUGCGCUUUCGGGUGGAAAUCUCUACCAGUUGGAUUACAGCACGAUCACCAAGACCGCUACCGGUCCGACAGCGUGGGAAGCUGUCGAGGCACCAAACUUCCAGACAACCGGGUACAAGCCCGUCAUGGCUAUUGCUCAGAACCACAUCCACUUCUUGGACGUACCGGGCAACCAGGCUGGACAGGCGAAUAUCUUCGUUAUCCACUUCUCAUAUUUCCAACCUGAAGUGCAGAGCUACCCUGCCGCAAGCGGCUCCCAGACUUUCCCGGAGACACAUGGCCAGGUUACCUCUUUCUUUGACCCGAACAACCUCGUUCAGCAGCAGUUCGCUUUCAUCCCUGAUGAUAACUCUGCCGUCUACAUAGUCAACGUUGAGAACAACUCUACCAUCUCCUUGACCGGCCCUACUGAUACCACCGCCUCGACUUUCGCUGCUUCUACCUCCGCCCUUGUACAGCUCACCUCUUCCGGCUCCGUCUACUACAUGCCUUUUGGCCAGGCUAACCCAGGUGCGCAAAACACCUGGACACUCAUCUCCAACUUUGGUACCGCGGCCAGUGGUUCCAAUGGCUCAUCCAACGGCACGACGAGCCAAACAGGCGCGAGCCAGACUGCUCACGGGAGCUCAACUGCCAGCCCCAGCGGCUCCGGCAGCAGCUCGAGCCCAUCGGCUGGCUCGGCCAAAGGUGGUGCAGCUGGCCUUCGCAUCUCUGGCCAAACCGUGUUCGCCCUUGGUGCCAUCGCUCUUGGUGCAGCUUUAUUCCUGUAGCUGAAAACUCCUACAAGUGGAGAUUAUACCUGGACUCGAACUGUUCCUUUUCUCUGAUCACACGCUAUAUCAUCGCACGGACUAGAAUACGCUACUUAUUUGUCAUAGUGUUUUACAUUCGGGAUACUAUACGAUUAUCUCCACCG